UUCGCUCAGCGCUAGCCCUAGCACGGUCUCCCGCUUAAAUAAGGGAGCUGUCACUUGGACGAACGGUGGACGUGUGCCUCGAUCCCUACCACUGCCCCCAAUCUCCGUCGUCGUCGCUUCCCGUGAUAGCAUCAGACACCUGCCCUAGUCCGCUCUCCGCUCGAACACGCUCCUUGAAACUUUGCGAUCUCAUCAAGAAUGCCUUGGAGUCCCCUACAUCGCGCGUCUUUGCUCCUCUUGGUGUCAUGUGCACUCACCACCUUUUCAGGAGUGCUCGGUGCUGGCAAGCAUCAAGCGUGUCAAGAGAAGGGCGGCACUGAUUUGGCUCAGUGUCCCAAAGGAACGGUCGUCGUGCACAACUCGACCGAACUGACGGCCGCUCUGGCUGGUACAGCACCGGUGAUCCUCAUCUCUCAGCGCGACAUCGAAUCCAGCGGCUACGUCAACUUCGACGCCAAGUACGCGGUCAAGCGUUCCGUCACGCUGCUAGGGGAGUUGAUCUGGACCGAAGAAGCGGGCAAAGCUGCGCGCUUCACUUGGCCCGUCAUUCACGCCGCACCGACGGACGAGACGCCCGUCUUUACUUUUGACGCCCAAGGCAAGACGAUUGCCAUUCACGACGUCGAAGUGUGGAAUCAGAGGGACACGGAAGCUAUCAAUGCGACGCCCGUCAAGCGAGAUCUUCCUGCUGGGCAAUCUAGCGCUAACGGUGCCCCGACUGGCCAACCAACUUCGACGCCCAACGCGAAUGCUAAUGCCACUCCAACUGCAGACGGCAAAACGGACGGCAAGACGAGCACGAACGCAGAUGGCAACGCCACUCCCAGCUCGAAUGGCAAAAGUGACGGCAAGACGAGCACGAACGCAGGUGGCAAUGCCAAUCCGAACGGGGACGGCAAGACGAGCACGAAUGUAGGUGACAAUGCCCCUCCCAAUGCGGAUGGUAAAACGGACAACAAGACAGGCGCCAACGCAGGUGGCAAUGCCGAACCGAAUGCGGACGGCAAGACUAAUGCGAGCGCUGGAGGCGAUCCAAACGCUUCGAAACCCACCACCGCUCCGAACACCGCUCCGAAUACCAGUUCCAACGGCAACAAGCCCGCUCCGGGCGCUGCACUGACCGAAAAGCCCGGCGAGAAGGGCGCCGCUCCAUCCGCCAGUGCCGAUCUUCCUCAUAUUGGCCCAAGCUUCUUCGUUGCGCAGGGCACCAAGGUGUUGUUCUCCAACACCUGGGCCAUAGCAUGGAGGCACACCGUCAGGUGUGACGGCGAAUGCUUCUGGCUUGCGGGACUGGUUGCUGGCUGGCAAGACACUCUGGUCGGAAGCGGAAAGAUGUUCAUGUGGCAGCCUAUGAUCUCAGCCCGAAGGGCAGGCACCAUCGCCGCGUGGUCUGGAAACCGCGGAGGUGCUCUGGCCGUCAAUCAAGCAAUGAUUGGCGGUGAAGGCGGCGCUGAGAGCGUCAUCGGCAAAGGCACCGUUCCCGCAGCUAGGCCCUGGGACUCGAUGGCAAGGACCGCAUUCCUCGAUAGCGAGUAUAUGGACGACUCCCUCGACCCCAAAAUGUGGAACAGCAAAGGCGUCUCGACCGGUUUCGUCGUAGGCAAGACACAAUUCUACCACUUGGGCAUGUUUGGUGUUGGGUUCGACGAGACACUCGUCGAUUGGACGAUGGAUGGCACGAACUGGCUGCUUCAGAACAAGAAAGGCGGCAUACUCUACUACCAGGACCGAGCUCGCUUUUUUGGCUCGGACUGGCCCAAGCAAGAUCCGGUCGCCGACAUUGGUGAGGAAGAAUGGGCAGAGGUCGACGACAAGUGCUACUGGCGCACGGUGCAGAAUGUCAAGUAUUGGGCGAACAAGAAGGCACCUUGGACUUGCCCAGCUUCGCCUCAGGGCGCUACGAGUGCCAAGCCUGCCGCAAAAAUUUCAAGCCCUACGAAGACGAAGCGCAGCGUCAAGCCGCCAAACGGGUCUUACAUUCACACGACGAAACUCACGCAAUUGAGCAAAGGCACUCGUCCGCUCAAAGUCUUGCACAAGCACACACAUCACCGUCGCAGUAUUGAGGAACACAAGCCAGCUUUCCAGCGUCGUCGUGCUACGUCCCAGAGCACGCUUGUCUAGUCACCCGUACUUAGAGCUUUGGCUUUUCUCGGCUUGUGCGACUCACACUGUUCGUGGUUGCGCUGACAAGAAAGCCAUACUUUGCAGUGCAACGAUCGAGACAAUCGCACGCCCGUGCAUCUACUGCGACCGACGAUGGCAAGCCUUGAUGGACAUCGUCUUUGCAUACCUGUGUAGCC